CGUGUGGCCGCGCUGGCGAGCAGCCGGAGAGAGCUCAGCCUGUCUGCCGGGUGCCCGCAGCUGGAGCACAGAAAGGGGAACUUGCCCUCUUCUGUGAGUCGGAAGCUCUACUUUGACACCCACGCUUUGGUGUGCUUACUUGAAGCAAAUGGGUUUACCACUCAGCAAGCAGAAAUCAUUGUGUCUGCGUUGGUCAAGAUCACAGAGACCAACAUGAAUAUCGUCUACAGUGAUACGGUCACCAAGGUGGAGCAGGAAAUCACUCUUCAGCAGAUAAUGUCUAACAUUGCUAACGUGAAGAAGGAUAUGGUCAUCCUGGAGAAGAGUGAGUUUUCAGCCCUCCGAGCAGAAAACGAGAAAAUAAAACUUGAACUCCACCAGUUAAAACAGCAAGUGAUGGAUGAAGUACUCAAAGUCCGGACAGACACCAAAUUAAACUUCAAUCUAGAGAAGAGCAGAGUAAAAGAAUUGUACUCAUUGAACGAGAAGAAGAUGCUGCAGCUGAGGACAGAAAUGGUGUCUCUGCACGCCCAGCAAGACAGAGCCCUGACCCAGACAGACAGGAAGAUAGAAACCGAGGUGGCUGGCCUCAAGACUUUGCUGGAGGCGCACAAGCUUGACACAAUCAAAUACUUAGCAGGGUCUGUGUUUACGUGCCUAACAGUAGCUCUGGGAUUUUAUCGCCUGUGGAUAUAAUAAAGUGCCUAUUUAAAGAAAUUUCUAUCGUUUUGCCUUAAGAGUACGAGACUGUUGUCCCAUCUACCCCGUCCCACUUUUUGCUUCUUGUUUCAAGUUUCAGUCCUAACUUGACUUCAUACAUAUCGUUUAUUUCUGGGCAAACCGUGGAUCCGUAACCAAGGUGACGAAGUCGGGAUUUCUGUCAUUCUUCUUCAGCGCUCCCCUCUUUAGUUGACUUUCUGACCAAGCAGUAUGAACCACGCUUUCAAGACUCCAUUCGACCAAAGCAAUGGACUUGGUCUAAACCUGCAGUAUAUGACAGAAAUAAAUGCUGAUGUCAUCCUCGGCUGCUCUAAGUAGUCUGUAAGGUGGAGAACUCGGGAACUCAUUUUGAAGACAAAAUAGCUUUAAAUCUGAAGAAUCCUUGGAGUCCAACCCAGAAUACCAGCUCUUCUCCUCAUCAACAGCCGCUCCUGGCAUGGCCUUGCUUCUGCUGCGGGAGCUGCUGCACCUUAGCGGCCUUUGUUUUCAGUGUCUUAGUAAAACGUGGUGCUUGUUGUUAAUGUACCCUGCAGCUGGGAGUCCUGGUGCCUAAUGCAUCUUUGUGAUUCCAGCACAAGUUCUCUCACUGCUGCCAAUCAUGUGUUUCUGGUAUUAAGGGCUUGCUCUUUCGCCCAGGCUGGCUUUGAACUCACAGUCCUUCAGCAGUGCCACCACGCCCAGCCUCUAUCUUUCAGCCCGCUAGCUUCCCCCUCUUCGUCCUCUUACUUUCCUUCACGUUGUGGGAGCUCACCACACCCAUGGCGUUACCUCCCUAGAAAACGUAGAAUUCUUAGAAUGAAACCCUGCUUCAGUUUGCGGUUUUGAGUAAACGUCCUUCUGGUUGUCCACCCAUUUUUUUUUAUAUAAAAUGGCACACUGCACUCUCCCCCGUGGGCUGUCUAGAUAGUGUACACAGCGCUCAGAAUGAGUGUGCCCGUGUCUGUGCGCAGCUCCCUCGCCCAGGGAAAGCCGCCACGCUUGCCGUCGGCCUCAUGUGCAUUGAUUUCUUUGUGGCUAGAGAUGACCUCACAUCCACUUUUCCUCUGUCUUUAAAACAAACAGAUCCUGGUGUUUUUCUGGAGAAGCUCGUUCUCCUCUUAUUUAAGGUGUUGGCACAUGGAGGAGAGUGAGCAUUUGGGAAGCGGUGACACCAUGGGACCCUUCCUGGCUUUCUCCCAUGCAGGCACAAAUGUACAAGCUGGUGCACAGCGUAGAAACCCCUAGACACAUCACCAUUUGAUUUGUGGACUAAAUCAGCCCUUGUCACGAUUCCAACCACAUUGCUAAAAAUAAAGGCUACCUUUUGUUCCUUGAAUGUAAUUUCCAAGUUUUAGAAAUCAUUAAGUUCUUGCCUCUUUAGAAAAAAAAAAAAAACAUUUGCUUAAGAAGAUUCUAAGCCCCACAUAUUAUGGAAAUCAAGUGCUUUUGUAUUAGAAGAGUAUCAGGGUGAAAUAGAAGUGUAUCCUUUUCAAGUAGACAAAAAAAAAAAAAGUCUUAAACACCCAAUAAAGCACUUUGUUGUUUUCUCUCCCCAUUUCAAUAGAGUCUCCACAGACUGCCCGUCCAGCAGUCCCCAUGCACCCUGCAGGCCUCCGAGAAGGCCUUCCCACAGUUACCUGCAGGCAGCACAGCUUUGGAGAAGGGCUCAAAGCCCAGAUGCUCGUAUCAUCUCCUGGAGGAGAAAAGCACGGUGUGCGGUUGUCCAUGUCCCCAUAUCUUGAUCAAGUAUGCUAAGGAACACAUCCUGUGUCUGCUUAAAGCGCCCCGCAGCCCUCCUGGUCUCUGCGGGCUAUGCUGAUUUGCUCUAGAGUCCUUCCUCGAACAUUACAGUUUUGUUUGACCUUAGAAGCUCUGCUGUCAUUGAGGGUGUGGGUGUCAUGCGUAUCUGAAACUUGGGAGUGUUCAGGACUGUGUUCCCUUUAUUUCCUAAUAAAGUUGAAAAGCACUGAGCUAUAAAUAACUAUGCAUGGCCUCCCGUCGCUGCCCUGGACAUACAGUGUGUGGGUGCCAUGACCACACACUAACUGAGCUUUCCUCGCGGAGGCUUCAGAGCCCUUGGGAAAUGUCUGGCAGGUUUCCAGAUGGCAGCCUUGGGUCGAGCCUGUGGGGACAUUUAGCAGUAGCUGCUACAGGGGUAGAAGAGUCCCGUGGGCAGCGUGCUUCACCCUCUUCUCAAAGUGUUCCUCUGCCUUCGGCUGGGUACUGUGUUUUCUGUCCUCCCCCAACCCCCGCGCCGUGGCACUUGCUGAGGACCAAGCCACAGGUCUUGAAUAUUCUAUUCUGCCUCAACCUCCCAAGUGCUGGGUUUCUAAGCCUUAGUCAGCACAGCUGGCUCCCUCUGGCUUUUUUUUUUAGAGCCUCAAGUCCAAUUUCACUCCUUCCCUGCAUUCGUAUGCAAAGCCCCUUUGGGGCUCCUCACUGGAGACAUUUGCUUUGAUUUCUGUACUGCUUUUCUUAAAAUCUGGCAACAUGAUUUUCGCUUCAAGUGUGCCAGGCACCUCAGCAAGUCACAUUCAGGAACAAAGGCCCUACUCAAAGCCCAAGUCUUGCUGGAGUCUCUCAGAAGGCUUCAGGCACCAGAUCCUGAGCCACAGCAAGCCUGUGCUUGGCCUGACCUGUCUAGUGUCUUGGCGUCGCCUUCCCUCUGGUUUUCCUGUUCCUCCUUCCAAGCCUCUCGGCCUGCUAAUUAACCUUGUCAUUACUGUGAGCAUUCCCCUCCCCCAACCAACGCUGGCAGAACCUACCCUAGAAAAUUUGGGACUUUAAGGUGUUCAAAAUUGUUACAGCUUGUAUGGCCCUAAGGCAAAACUGUGUUAACCGGGAAUAAUUUAUUCUUUAUGUAUGUAAGAUAUUUGGAAAUGUUAAACCUUGUAGGGAUUGUUCUCAGAAAAUAUCUUUUUACAGAUUUGUAUUUACAUUCCUUCAGUGAUAAUCCAGAUUAUUUUGUAACCCUUUUAAGUAUUUCAGCAAAUAUUCGAUUAUAUUUUAUUAUUGUAUGGAAUGAAUAUAUUUUAUUAAUUAAACUAAAAGAUUUAUGCUUGUGUAAUUAAUAUACCUUUCUGGUUCAGACUGUAUAUAAAAAUAGAAUAUACCUUCUAUCUGGAACAAUUGCAUCUACACUCUUAAUUCCGCCCAUUGUAAAAUGAUACCAUUCAGUUGCCUCUAGUGAAUUACAAGUAAAUAUAAUACCUUAAAAAAUUGGAUUUACAGAGAAACUAUAUUUGAAAGUGAAUGUCUGAUUUGCAAAAUAAAUAUUUAUUUGAAAGAA